AAAAAGCCCUCCAAAAACCCUAGACCUCUUCGUCAAAAUAAAAAUAAAAAACCUAGACCAUCAUGAAAUUCAAAUAGUCAAAAUUCCUCAACUGGGGUCUCAGUCUCGGCAACCAAGCAAUCGUCUUUUCCACAAGGAAGACGACAAUGCCGGCAAACGACGACAUUAGCUUCACUUCCCUCAAACUCCCUUUUCCGUCACCGCCACCGCCAUUUGACCUUUCUCCUUUGUUCACCAGAACCCGAAACUCGUUCGCUCAACUCUUCGACUCGGUCAAGACUCGCUCGGGAAUCGAACGACUCGCCCCCAAGUUCCUUCCUUUACCUUCCAGACCGCUAUUUCGGAAUCGCUUCACCGCCGGCGGAUUAGCGAGUCGGUGCCCUAAGUUACCUCCUUUAUGUUGGGCGUCGCUGUCCUUGACUCGGUCCGAUUCGGAAUCUCGGAAGGAAGACAAGGAACUUCCGAUUGGAAAAUCGUCCCUUCUCUGUUCGGCCUCGUUGUCUCUGACUCGGCCGGACGAUUCGACUCAGUCAGGACUGGAAAGAAGGGAGAUGACGGCGUCGGCGGCGGCGCCGCAGCAGCAGAAGGGGCACUCGGCGAGUCGACACGACGAGGAGAGGGUUCUGAUCAGCGAGGUGUUGGUGAGGAACAAGGACGGGGAUGAGCUCGAGAGAAAGGACCUGGAAAUGGAGGCUUUGGCGGCGCUCAAGGCGUGCCGACCCAAUUCGGCAUUGACUGUGCGCGAAGUUCAAGAGGACGUGCAUCGGGUCAUCGGCAGUGGCUACUUCUGCUCUUGCAUGCCCGUCGCCGUCGAUACGAGGGACGGUAUCAGAUUGGUGUUUCAGGUAGAACCAAACCAGGAAUUUCAAGGGCUGGUUUGUGAAGGAGCAAAUGUUCUUCCUGCUAAGUUUUUAGAGGAUUCAUUUCGAGAUGGAUGUGGAAAAGUGAUUAACCUUAGGCGUUUGGACAAAGCGAUAACGUCCAUCAAUGAUUGGUAUAUGGAGAGGGGCCUUUUUGCUAUGGUAUCGGCUGUUGAAAUUCUAUCCGGGGGUAUUCUUAGAUUACAAGUUUCAGAAGCUGAGGUUAACAACAUCUCCAUACGUUUCCUUGACAGGAAAAGUGGCGAGCCAACUUCAGGGAAGACACAGCCUGAAACAAUACUUCGUCAGCUAACGACCAAGAAAGGACAGGUCUACAGUAUGCUUCAAGGGAAAAGAGAUGUGGAAACUGUAUUGACCAUGGGAAUAAUGGAAGAUGUUAGCAUUAUUCCCCAACCUGCAGAUACUGGAAAGGUUGAUAUGGUAAUGAACGUUGUUGAGCGUCCAAGUGGUGGUUUUUCUGCUGGUGGUGGUAUAUCAAGUGGGAUUACGAGUGGCCCUCUAUCAGGACUCAUUGGAAGUUUUGCAUAUUCUCAUAGAAAUCUUUUUGGAAGAAACCAGAAACUUCAUGUUUCCUUAGAAAGGGGCCAAAUUGACUCAAUAUUUCGUAUAAACUGCACAGACCCAUGGAUUGCAGGAGAUGAUAAGCGGACUUCCAGAACAAUAAUGGUUCAGAAUUCGAGAACGCCUGGCACGCUUGUUCAUGGUAAGGUGCAAGAUGAGGACAUCAGCCCAACCAUAGGUCGUGUCACAGCUGGUGUCGAGUUCAGCCAACCGCUCAGACCCAAGUGGAGUGGUACAGCCGGACUUAUCUUUCAGCAUGCUGGUGCUCGUAAUGAAAAAGGAGAGCCUAUUAUCAAGGAUUGUUUUGGCAGUCCUCUUACUGCAAGUGGCAAGACCCAUGACGAUACACUGCUUGCCAAGUUGGAGACUGUCUACACUGGUUCUGGUGAUCAUGGAUCUUCAAUGUUUGUAUUCAAUGUGGAACAAGGACUUCCUGUAUUGCCAGAAUGGUUGUUUUUUAACAGAGUCAAUGCUCGUGCAAGGAAGGAUAUUGAAAUUGGUCCUGCUCGCAUUCUUUUUAGUUUAUCUGGCGGUCAUGUGGUGGGUAAUUUUUCACCACAUGAAGCAUUUACCAUUGGUGGAACAAAUAGUGUCAGAGGAUAUGAAGAAGGCGCUGUAGGUUCUGGUCGAUCAUAUGCAGUUGGCUCUGGAGAAAUCUCUUUUCCCAUGGUGGGGCCUGUUGGAGGAGUUAUUUUUGCUGACUAUGGAACAGAUCUUGGAUCCGGCCCAACGGUGCCUGGUGAUCCCGCUGGGGCUAGGCUAAAGCCUGGAAGUGGAUAUGGAUAUGGGGUCGGCAUCCGGUUGGACUCGCCUUUGGGUCCUCUUCGUCUUGAAUAUGCAUUUAGUGAUAGCCAGAAUAAGCGGUUUCACUUCGGAGUUGGUCAUCGGAACUAAUCCCCUUUUUGUAUCUUCUUGGUUUUUUCUUAAUUGGUAAUUCAUUUGUUUGUUUUUAGUUGUUAUUUUGUUUUUGUUUUUGUUCGUGGAAUAGAGGCCUGU